AUGUAUUGGCCGUGCAGCGUGCCACAAAUCUUCGCAUACCAUGGAAGUAAGCGACCCAUUCAAGAGCCAGCCGGACAAGUUGAGCCAGGUCGGCAGCGGGACUUGGACAAUGCCUCUGCGCAGGACGACAUCCCGACCUCAAGCGCAAUAAUCGACGUGCAAGUCGCACGGCACGACCAACUCUUUGCCACAGUCACUUCCUGCCAGCUGGAUUUGUGGUCAACUCGCCCUGUAGUCGUUCUCGCCUCGAUAUCUCGAUCCGCAAAUUCGCUAAAGUCAUAUGGCAAGAAUCUGGGAGUGGCUUUCAGGCCUGAUGCAAGCACGCUGGUUGUCCGUACCACUGAGAGCUAUUUGAUGCUAUAUUCUGUGGAAAGCGACCAGAAUGCCCGAGUGUUACAGCAGCAAUAUGGCUACAGUCAGACGAAGCGGCAGAAUCUCGUGCGGAGCUUCGAUGUCGAUGAAACCGCAGGCGUGGCAGAAGUGCUGCUCCGUUUUCGUCGAGCGAUUAAAAUUGAUGCUGGGCUCAACUCCAUCAAUGCGCUGGAUUCAGAGCUCGUUGUGGCGACCACCAAACCUCAGGCUGUGCAGUGCAUCAAAUGGGACUUGCAGAAGGAUGGUUCUAACGCCGUGACCCAGACUCUGAACAAGAUGGAUUGGGUCACCGAGAAGUCUGGCAUCUCUAUCAUGGUGCACGAUCGAGCCAUGAACCUCUCUGUUUGGGUCUCGCAAGAUGGACAUGCGUACGCGGUGCAGCGAGUCAAACCGCAGAUGUCGCGAGCACCGUCUUCGGACGAUUCUCUCCCUUCGUCGAAAGGCUCGACCAGUCCGACCACCAGACUAUUCGACGGAUACUGCUUUCAUAAGCCCGAGACAUCGUCCCCAGCAACACUCACCAGUAUCAAUGCCCGAUUCUCGCUCAUUGCAAUAGCCACAUCGAAUGGUGAGAUUGUUUGCUACGCAGCCAAAGAUUAUGUUGGCAACAUUCCGUUUUCGCAUAUUUUCAAGACAUCUACUUCGCCUUUGUCGAGAGGCGCAGUCACUUGUCUGAAAUGGUCGCCGGACGGCUACUGCCUUUUCGCAGGUUACGAACACGGCUGGUCAACAUGGUCAGUGUUCGGGAAAGAAGGCGCCUCGACUUUCCACCAGAACGUCACCCAUGCGGAGUCGAACAACGAGACCUGGCUGAUCGCCGUCCAUCGAGCAGCCUGGGUCAGUGGCGGCGCCGAGAUCCUUCUCGCGUCCCCUUCACAGAACCGAAUCUGGAAAAUGGAGAUGUCGCGGAGUGCGGCGAUGGGCUGUUUCUCUUGCGCCAACCUCGUGCGCGCCCUCCUCCAGACACCCAACGAGUUGACAGUCUACCGCGGUCAUGAGCUGCCCGACUUGACGUCGAUAUCGAAUGAGGCGUCGUUGUGGCAUCAUGCACAAUAUCCAUCUGUGUAUUUACACAACCAGUGGCCUAUCAAAUCCUGCGUGGUGUCACAAGACGGAAGAUAUAUCGCAAUUGCCGGGCGUCGCGGGUUGGCUCAUUACAGCGUCCAAAGUGGACGCUGGAAGACUUUUGUUGAUUUAUCGGUCGAGAGCGCAUUUGCCGUUCGUGGCGGCAUGUGCUGGUUCAACCACAUCCUUGCUGUUGCAACCGAGAAUGCCGCAGGGUAUGACCUCCGGCUGUAUUCGCGUGAAGCCGACCUUGGCCGCUUCCCUCUGCAUGUUGAAACAUUUUCGAUGCCAAUCGUCUUUGUUGGGCCGUCCGGUGAAGAUUCCCUUCUGGUCUACACCUACGAGAACAUCCUCUACCACUACAUCCUCAACAUCACCGAGCGAGGCGCACAACUCGUUCAAGUCGGUCAGAUCGCAUUUCAUGGCAUUGUGCGCGCACCAAGUCGAGUACGCUCCGUGAGCUGGGUCGUGCCUGACUCUCAACUCCGCAACGGCGAUCCUUCACGAGACGUCGAAUUCGCCUCUGUGUUAUUCCUCGUCGACGACAAACUGGUGCUCUUGCAGGCCUCGAGGAACGAGAAGGACGAGCUCAAAUACGACAUGCGGGUCAUUGCGCAACACGUCGAAUACUACAUCCUCAUGCGCGACCAGAUCUACUUCAACUUCAGCACCGGCCCGGAAGAGUCGGCACCGCCCACUCCAUCGCCAGGCUCGGCGUUCACGAUGCGAAGUCAACAGAACUACUCCCUUCGAGACUCCCUCUGGAUCUUCAGUGGCGAGGAGCUUCGCCUAUGGCCGGACGUGCGUGACCUGCUUCAUCACGCGGCGGGAGAUCUCAUCACCGCCCCCUCCUUGUCCAUGUCCGUGGAUUUCUACCCCCUCUCAAUCCUUCUGACCAAAGGCGUCGUCCUGGGGAUCGAAUCCGAACUCCUCCAACGACGAGACGUCAACUUUGCGCAAUUCCGUUCCAGCAUCCGAACACAGCUCUUCCUACCGUACGUCCUGCGCCAUCAGCUCUGCGAAGCAAACGACACCGCCGCAGCAUUCGGCCUCGCGCACCAAUACCAAAACCUGUCGUACUUCCCCCACGCACUCGAGACUCUGCUCCACCAUGUCCUCGACGACGAAGUUGAUCGAAAAGCCGAAGAAAAAGACGACGAGGCCCAAGACUCCCGUGGCCCACUCCCCGCCGUGCUCUCCUUCCUGCAGCUCGUCCUCCCGCCCCCAACCUACCUAUCCACCGUGGUGCAGUGCGUGCGCAAGACGGAACUCUCCUUCUGGCGCACGCUGUUCGCCCACCUCCCUCCGCCACUGACGCUGUUCGAACAGGCACUCGCGCUCUCGGACCUCAAGACGGCCUCCUCCUACCUCAUCGUCCUGCAGGGCCUGGAAGAAGCAGAAGCCGACGACUCCUCGGAGUAUACCUACGAUGCACGCAAAUUCGAGGGCUACGUGAUUCGACUGAUGAAGCUGGCCCGGCAGAAGGGGGAUUUCGAACUGUGUGCCGAGCUGGCGCGGUUCAUGAUGGGCAUCGAUCCGCGAGGAGAGGCGCUGAGGCGCGUCAUUGUCGGCGUGGGGUUCAGGGAGAAGAGCACGCAUCUGGAGCCUCAGAGAUCGCUGGCGGCGGCGGCCGGGGGCACACAGACGUUGCAGAUUCCUCGGACUCGAGGGAAGGCUGCCAGGGAAGUGAGUCCCGGCGGGAGUAGCACUUCGAGCGUCGGAGGGAGUUCGAUCGGUGGUGGUGAUUAUUUCUCCAGUUCGCCUGGGGGUUAUUGA